UAACACCUAAAAUUGCUAUGUGGAUCAUGGUGCUAACAUUGGCUGCAAUUCACAUCUCGACGGUCUUGGGUGGGGAUGCUGGGAUUAUUUAUGGAAGAAAUGGAGAUAAUCUCCCAUCCCCUAAACGAGUAAUUGAUUUUCUCACCGAGGACAUGAACUAUGCGAUUUCAUUAGUCCGGGUCUAUGAUGCCAAUACGGAAGUUUUAGAAGCUCUAAGUGGAACCAACUUGGUCGUAACCAUCGGGGUUCCAGAUGAAGCAAUUGCCCAUGUAGCAAUUCCUGGUGUUGUUCAAUCUUUUGUACCACAAGCAAUUAUUAAUCUCUACAAUUCAGUAAGGAAGGCAAGCGUAGAUUAUAUCUACGUUACAACUGCAGUCGGGGGUGAAGUUCUGGAAUGCUCCUAUCCUCCCUCAGCUGGUCAAUUCGCGAAUAGAGUCGACAAAAUUAUGAAUAACCUCACGAAUUAUUUGUAUAAUAUAGGGUCUCCAUUAUUGAUCAAUUUGUACCCUUACCAUGCCCUGGUCUCCGAGCCACAACAUAUUUCAUUAGACUAUGCCUUAUUUCAGUCCCAAAAGCCAGUGUUUACAGAUGGGGAUUUAGAGUAUUACAAUCUUUUUGAUGCUAUGGUGGAUGCAUUUGUAGCAGCAAUGGUAAGGGUGGUGCAAAAGGAGGAUGUCAAACUUGUCGUUGCCGAGACCGGGUGGCCAACUGCAGGUAUUGUGUCGUAUGCUUGCACCGAGAAUGCUCGAAUCUACAACCUUAAUCUAAGGAAGCAUGCAGUUGAAAAGGGAUGCACUCCGAGAAAGGCGGACAUUAAUUUGGAGGUUUACAUCUCGGAGAUGUUCAAUGAGAAUCUGCAACCGGACGAGUUUGAGAGAAAUCUUGGAACUUUUUAUCCCAACCUCACUGAGGUAUAUCAGUUGUGGCGCUGAGUUCUCAAUUUUGAAAACGAAGCAACUUUGUAUUGAUAUUGAUUUGUAUGAAAUAAGAAAAGAACCAUUUC